AUGGCACCUUUUUCUUUUAUAAAAUUAUCUACAUUAAUCUUUGCAUAUUUAUUCUUAUGGUAUCAAACCAAUUAUCACCACCAGGUGAGUGCAUUAAGCACUUUAAAGGAUGAUGAUGUGUCAGAUUCAAACAGUUUAUACUCAUCAGAGGAAGAAAAUGUAAAUAAGACACAUGGUCUUUUGAAAACAGCACAAGGAGUUGGAACAAAUGUUUCAAGUAUCGGUUAUGGGGACUAUCAUCCUCCCCAAGGAGGAGGGGAACCUUCUGUAAGGAGGGGAGGAGGAGGCUCCUUCGCCUCCUCCCCCCUUAAAAAGGGAGGGGGAGGAACUUCCCCCCCCUUUGGGGGACAAUACCCUCACCCUACAAGAAGAUAUGGAACACCAAAAAAAAACCACGUCACCUCAAAUUUUGGAUCACCAAAUUUUGGAACCUUGAACAAUGGAAAACCAAAAAAUAAAAGUUUCUCCCAAAAGAGUAAAAGGGUGAAGGAGGUAUUAAAAGCUUUAUGGAAGAAAUCUGUAUGUCAUGGUCAUAAACAUCGACGUUUGGUAAUAAUUUUUGCGAUAGUUAUUAUGGUGGUACUAUAUUUAUUAUUUUUGCAAUUUGGUUGCACAGGUAUGGGAUCCCAUGAAUUCUUCUUGCCCCUAGGGGCUAUGGAGAAGGGAAAGGAUUUGAUUAAUAUUUAUUCCUGCGUUAAGACGGCUUCCGAUUCAUCAGGAAUAAUUUCUGUAAUUCCAGCACUAAUAGGGCUCCUUGUGAUAGGUGCCUUAUUUGGAUUUUAUUGCUGGAAACUGGAGCAAUGUAAGAAAAGAGAAAAAUUUUAA